AUGAAUCGAUCAGAAAGACCUGAUGACAAUCAGUAUUUACUGAUAAUAGAGGCUGGGAAUCACUUCAGAUUAAUUAUGAUUGUAGACAUUGUGAAUAAAGAUGUUUUAGAUUUAUCAGAAGAUAAAAUUGCCUCGAUUUUAUUAGAAGGAAAGUUUUCUAAGCCUAGCAUUAAAUUACUAUAUCCUGACGUUAAUCUUCAUAAAUAUUAG